AUGGCGCUCACAGUUUUAUUUUUAUUUAUCCUCUGUGGGUUUUUAUGGGUGACAUCUACGUUACCUAUUAAAAAUACUGUACAGGGUCAAACUAAAGUGGACGUUCGUGAUUCCGGGCUCGUGCAAAGUGAUAAAGUGAUUCUUCUUGAUGCUUAUAUCAGACCGUUGGUGCGUUCUAAAAGACAGGUGAUUAAGAACGGUAGAUGUUCUAAAGGACGAGUUUGGUGCCAAGGAAAGUGUAGAACUAUUGAAAUGUGUGAAAAAUUAGAAUCAGGCGAUUAUGACUAUGAGUGA